AUGGCAGCGCAAGUCGCUCCCUUUACCGUUCGGCUUCCACCUCCCCAGACAGAUGAUCAGGCUGGCAACCAGGCGCAAUCAUCUGCCCCACCUGGCCCUGCUCAGAACUCUGCUUGGCAGCAGGCUGCAAAUAACAACAACGCCAACAUCAGUGACGGGCACAUUCUUGCAAUGAUCCCCGCCUCCUAUCGCACUAAGAGCCAUGAUUUGAUUCCUCCAAGACUAGAUGACAUCUCUUGGAUCGAGAAUGAGCUUGAUGUCCAAAGACUGCACCGGAUCAAGGGCUGGUUCUGGGUUGUGGGUCGGCCCACGCCGCCGCGCCCACUUCACCACCAAGUUCUCCUUGGUCGGGAGGUUUUCGUCACGGAGCAGAUGGACAUGCACCUCGUCUGGACAGGCGGACGCAUGUAUCUCAAGCCGUUGCCGCGCUUCAUCCUUGAACCCCACUUCUGGAUCAGGUUCCUCGCCUGUGCGAAAAAUUGUGCUUGUGCCGUAGGAGACGGCACUGGCCACAUUGUACAGGGACCUGCACCCAAUACCACUGCCACUGCCACGGCGACAAAAACGCCUACAAAUCCGAAGAAACCUGAUGAGCCCCAAGAGUGUAAGAAGCGCAAGCUGCGGAAAACGGCACUAGGAUUCCUCUUCUCCUACGUCGCGCUAAUCCGCCACGAGAGCGACCUCCGUCUCGCCAAGGACAGGUUUCUGAUCCCCUUAAACGCUGACUGGACGUACUGGACGACACUUAUACAGCAGCUGGACCCCGAGCACAUCUAUCCGAACAUCGACGAACGCUUCUACUAUGGAGAACUACGGCUAAGCCGGCUGAACAAGCUCUACAGGUUUACCCAGUGGUCCCCUCGCGGCUAUGUGUAUCGUUGGCAGGAGUACGGCAGCUUCAUGGCGGAGUACUUUGGACUACUAACAGCCAUGACGGUAUACAUUGCCAUCAUCCUCACGGCGAUGCAGGUCGGCCUGGCCACCGAUCAACUCAAGGCGAACCAGGCCUUCAUGAACGCGUCGUAUGGGUUUACCGUUUUGUCAAUUCUGGGUCCGUUGAUUGUCAUGGCGAUCAUCUUUCUGUUCUUUCUGUGCAUUUUUGGCAGUAACUGGUACGCCACCGUAAAGUUCAGCAAGAAGAGGCUCGGCGCCAUACGAGCUGAUCGGCGCGGUGAUGAGCAAGUCAGAAUGCAUGCGAGCUAG